UCCCGACUGUUAUCACUAAAUCAAACCCUGACUAACAACACCAACUUAGAAUAUUACUAAAAUUAUAAACAACUACAAAAAUCGAAGCAUAUCCUAUCUCCAAAUUUGUAAAUCACACCCACGAGCUUUACUUCAUGAUAAUGUAGGAAACUAAGAGUAAGAGGUAAAAAAUCUACUUACUCUAUUUCAAAUAAUAGGAUGAACAGUUAUAGAAAAAGAAUUUGCUACUUUUAUAAAUUGCUACACUAAUCUCGUCUGUAGCGGAAGGGUAAGAAAUUAGUAGUUAAAAAAUAUUAAGCAAAGAAAUUAAAUAAAACAACAAAAAGGACGCCAGGGUCCGAGUCAACAAGUUGGAAAAAGAAGAAGAAGAAGAAACUCCCUCCCUCCAAAUUCCCUUCUCCUUCCCUUUUAUAAGAAGUUAAAGAACCUAGCCGUCUCCGCGCAUUUGCUGUCACCGACUUGCUUCACCGAAACCUUCUCCCUCUUUCCCUCUCUCUCUGUAUUUCCUCACCGGAGUUAAGUUUUCUGUUACUGGUCUCUGCGGACGAGUUUACUACGAUGCCACAGGUGGAUCUGGAGAGCCUAGUCGUAUCAGUCUGCUCCGGCGGCGGCGCUUGCGGGGACCGCAAAAUCGCCUGCGAAACGCUCGCCGACGGCGCCAAUCAAAACCAGCACAAGCUGGAUUCAUCCGAAUCGGAUCCUUCGCCGGAACAGCUCCCCGCUGAUUUCCCUCCCGAAUCGUUCUGGCUGUCCAAGGACGCGGAACUCGAUUGGCUCGACCGCAACGCCUUCAUCGCUCGGCAGGGCUCCACCAAAGGCACAUCCAAUUCCACCAACCUAAACCCUAACAUCCACCCUCCGUCGACGCCGGGGAAUUCCUCCUCCUCCUCCCACUCCCAGCGGUUUUCGAAUCUCAAGUCGAUGAUCGGCCUGCCGAAGCCGCAGAACUCCUGCUUCGUCGACGCCAAGAGCCGCCGCCACCACAACACCAAGCCCGGGAACGCGCAUCUGUUCCCCAAGAGGUCAGGCUCCACCGGCAAAUCGACGUCCUCUGUAGCUGAACCUGGAUCCCCGAAGGUGUCCUGUAUGGGAAGGGUGCGAUCGAAGCGAGAUCGGAGCCGCAGGCUCCGCAGCCGGCAGCGAUCUAAGCGAUCCGCGGAGCCGGAGCUGAAGAAGGCGAAAUCGGAGAGGCGGCGGGCGGAAUCGGGAUUCCUGGCGAGUUUUCGUGCGAUUUUCAAGCACUGUUCGAAGUCGAAGAAGCAAUCCAAGACCGAGGCCGCCGCCGCGUCGGCGCUGCACAGAGACUCGUCUUCCUCUUCAAGAAAAAGCGACGCGGCGGCGAGAGCGAGCGAUAUCAGGAACCGGCUGCCGUCGACCGAGAGAGAGGCCGCUCGGAGAUCAAACGGAGGUGGUCUUGAAGCCGAACCGGCGGCGGCGAGCUUGGGUGGGAUGAUGAAAUUUUCGUCUGGUAGGAGAUCUGCAGAAUGGACCAGCAGACUCGACGUGGCUUGAUCGCAAUCGUCGAUGGAAGGGAUCCGUUUCGUGUGACGAGCGAUGCAACGGUGGGCCCCGCGGCGCGUGGAAGAAAGGGUGGAAAAAAUGAAGGGAGGAGGUAGGGUCGAGGUGUACGUUCGCGAUUGGUGGUGGGAGUGGGUGGGGUCCAGCUGGCGUUUAUAAUGGGUCGUUGGAAAUGACGUGGCAGCACGCAAUAAUUGACGGAGCCUCCCAAGCGCGGUAACUGCGGUGGUUACUCUUUCCUCCCAUCUCCCGUCUAUAUUUUUGCUGGUGCUUAUCUUUUUUUUUUUUUUUUUAAACUUUCUGCUGUUACUUUUUUUACCGCCGUUGUUUCUUUUUUUACCGCGUUUGAUUUUCGCUUCCCUUUGUGACUUUGUGAAUUGUUUGGAAGACUCUUUCUUCCAUUUGGUUAGCGGGGAAAAGCAAUUAGCGGGUGUAAAUAGAUUGAGUGUAAAGGUUUUUCUUUAUUCCCCUAGUUGAGCUAAUAAAAAAAUUGGAGAUAUCGUAUUCAGUUUUCUUUUGUCCCUAUUGCCUUUGUUUGUAUUCGCUUCACUUUCAGAUUAGCUGUCUAAUUAAUUUCUUUUACGUUUCUUCUUAUGGGAAAUUGAGUGACGUUAUGAAGAAUGAAAAGGGUAAAAAACAAUAGAGUAAGAAUUGACUGCCAAGUACCAUCAAAUUGAAUUUGAAAUAUAUCUAUACUAAUGUGAUUUCAGUUUGUGAGUUGCUGGUUCCAAAUCAGUAGUUGUACCACUAGAGAUUGCUCUCGUUUGCGAAAUUAAAGAAGACUUUACUCUUUAGUAUUUGACGACGACCGUUUUGUCAAGAGUUUAGAUGGAAAGCAGUAACCUAACCUAAACCCAAUCAAAUCUGCUCCCACUGAUUAGAGUGCUGAUGAAGAUGGGUAGUUGGUUUGUUUUCUGUGCAAUUGAAUUAGGUAAAGAAGGGAUGGGAUUUUUGGGGACUGGUUUGGAUCAAUUUGUAUCUGAUUUUCUUGGUGGGUGAGUGUGAUCUGUUGACCAUUAUUUUAUAUAUAAUGUUUGUAUUAUUAUAAUGAGAAAUUUGUAUAAUGAUUCCAUUAAAUGGGAACUGGCCUA